GCCUUGGAUUUCCAGUCACCAGAACUGCAUGGAGGGGUGAAUUCUCAGGCCCUGAGCUCAGCAGGCCGGAAUGUGGCUGAUAAAUCAGAGAUAAACCCCCCUCCAGGGGAAGGGCUGGAAGGACACCCAGCCCAAGGAUAAAAGGCAGAGGUGUCGGUUGCCCAAGAAGCCAGAGCUGCUUGAGGAGGUGGGACAAGAACUCCACAAGGCAGUAGCACCAGCCUCAGCCUCAGCAGCAGCAGCAGCAGCAGCAGACCGACCUGUGACAUGGACUUCCAGACUACAUUGUCCCGACCGAUUGUGCUCCUUCUUUUCUUGUGUCUGUCACAGCUGGGAGGUCAUUGCCACCCUCUAGGUAGUCCCAGCCAGUCUUCAGAACAGUCUGAGAUGCAGAAGCUGCUAGAUCAACUGAGGAACAAGAUCUUGGGAGUGCAGACAGAGAUGGCCCAGGAGCAGCUCCAGCAGAAUCAAGGCCCCACAGAAGCUCGGGAGACUAAGAAAGCAGCUCCAGAGGGCAUCCUUGCACCCCAAGACAGUGCUUUCCAGGCCCUGCAGAGACUUCGCAACCCCAAGAUGAUGCGUAAUUCAGGCUGCUUCGGGGGACGGUUGGAUAGAAUAGGCUCCUUCAGUGGCCUGGGCUGCAAUGUGCUGAAGAAGUAUUAGGGAGAUCCUGCCUGCAGACACCUGCAUCUGACUCCGCUGGGGGCUCUUUCCCCAACCCCGUGGCCCCCUUUUGAAGUGAUCCUAUUUAUUUAUUUAUUUAUUUUUAUUUAUUCGAUUGUUUUCUAUAAGACAAUUUCUUACCUUUG